AUGUCAAAACUUAUGGCUACUACUAUUGGCCUUAUAACAUCCUCGGCUUUGCUUUACAGCUUUCAGUCAAAUAUAGAGAACAAUACAAGUCAAAUCCGGGGAAAUGAGUCAAAUAUUUCACCCACUAAACCAAAUAAUCGUCCGCAACUACCUGUUCCAUCUAUUGCUCAAACAAAAAAUUAUAUUAAUCAUCGACUAAUUCCAACGUUUAAAUCUACAUGGAAUGAACAUAUUGAAACCUUUGCUCAUAAAGUUUGUAAUUUUGAUGCAAGUGAAACGGCAAAAACUGCAGUCAAUAACGCCAAAUCGUUUGUUGAAGAUAAAAGAUGGAAAUGA